UCUACCUUCUUAUUCUUAUUCAUAUAUGAUAAGUUUUCAGUGCUGCUAAAAUCAUAUGGCUAAUUUUCAUGGAUAGAUUAAGUUAAAGAAUGAAAUAAAAAAUGUUCUUAACAACAAAAAUAAUCCAUAUGCACAUACGAAAAGAAAUUAUAUGCUGGUAUCUUCUGCAUAAUUUUAUUUUAUGUUUGAUGGGAGAUAAUUAUUGGAUUGAGCAUCAUGAAUUUAUGAGAUACCAUAUCCUAAUGUUAACACAUUAACAACAAUAAAAUCUAUACUGUAAAAUAGAAAUAUUUUGCCUCAUCAAGGCAUGGUACUAUAUUUUUGUUUGUUUCUUCGCCCCUCUUACAUUGUAUACGAACGCCAGUAAAAUCCAUUACAACCCUAUACACUAAAAAAACUCAUUCAGCUAAGAAUUCGUGACGAAAUUUACCAACAUAUUUGUCCAAAAACCUUAGAACCAUGCCUGUUCAACUAUUAUCUUGACACUCAAUGGCGACAACAUAUAUAUGCUUAAUAUCUCACAGAAAAUGCAAGCAUUUUGGGGCCACGAAGAGGUUUGUGCGCUUGAACACCUGUACAUUUGUUAGCAUUACUAGAUGAAUUGCAUGCAUCCAACUGAAACAGGCCAGCAAUGUUAUGAAGAGUCAAGAGUUCAGCGAAAAAGGCUUUCACCCGGCUUUAUAUAUAAAGCAACGAUCAGAGAUACAAAUCCGAAUACAACACGCCACUGAAAAAUGCAACACACGCACAACCAAGGCAAGAUACAAGGGUGCCGAUGCAUCACAACACUACCCAAUCGACCACCAAGCAAACUACAGAUGAGCCAAAAAGAACCACUUGGGGCCAACGAGGACCUCUCGAGAACCAGUCACCGAGAAGAAGUGAAUCGGGACAAUGAAGGAGCAUGGACUCCAUGGCGGUGCCUUCAAGAAGGGCACGUCCGAAUUGUCACUACCGCCCGAUCCCGAAGAUCAAGUUUUCACCUAGAGCAAUGUGAAGAAGAAGGGAACACCAGGAUGGAGCCUUCAUGAAGGAAACAACGCUCGCGGCCGCCGCCACCAUCGUCCUGAAAGAACCGGGCGAGUAGUGCACUCCGGUGUUAACCCUCCCUCCACCAAACCACCAUGCUACGCCGAACAUCAUCAACCAUAUGCCACCCGCAUGACCUUGGCUGCCCAACUGCACCCAUGACGCGUGCUCCGCCCACGAACAUCGCGUCUCCCGCCGCCAAGGCCGCUGCCCUGCAUCCAAGCACCUCCGUGAGCACCCGAAGGCCUUGGCUUUGGCAUAACUGGCAGCCCCCAACCGACGAAGCAGCCAGCAACUGCCUUGCCUUGAACAUCACCAGAGCCUCGCCAGACGGCACACGGCUGAGGAAAGGGGAAGGGGGAGUGGACGCAUCCAGACUAGCGCACCCCCGCACCGGUGACGGGUGGCCCGACAUCGGGGCCUCCCAUCCCUCCUAAGAACUCCCCACCGGACACACCCCCGUGUCGCCUCACCGUGGCAGCCGACGGGGCUCGACGUGAGGCCACCAACGACUGCCCGCCCAUCGACAUGGAGAGCCAAGCCACCCCUCACCCGCAUCCGAGAGAGCUCACCGAAGGACCACCUCGCGGCGCCCACCGGCCACACCAGCACUGGAGCACCGCCGGGGCGCUAACCCCCACUACAACGCAGGCGCCUCCGCGGCCUGGCCAGAGCCGCCUAGCACCCUGCCACCCCAAACCGGAGCAGCCGUGUCGUCAGCCGCAACGCCACCUCCUUAGCCUCCUCACCGGCCACCCCCAAAGGCGUCCGCUUGAACACCUCUACAUUUGUUAGCAUUACUAGACGAAAUGCAAGCAUGCUGCCGAUGUUAUGAAGAGUCAAGAGUGUAAGGUUGGACAACGACUGUUAGCAGAACCAGAUAGCACAACGCUGGAACAUGCGCAUGAAGUCAAUGACUCCUUACACCAGCAAGACGAAACCACACGUCGACACCCUCGUGCAGAUGAGUUUGCCACUAACAACUAAGACACCGCUGCAGCAUGCCAGCGACAAAGCAUGAAGAGGGCUAGUCAUCACACACAUGAUCAAGCUGUCUAGCUCAUCCAGCACAAAAAACUGAUCCUCGUGUGCGAGUUUGCCCCUGAUAAUUAAGACACUUUCGACAGGCCCAUAUACUCCAUUCAUAAAUGUAUAAAACGAUAAGAAGACAGCAGAGCGGCAUAAACUUGCCUUGAAGAUGGGGGACAAACUCUCAGGGCUUGAACUGACAAGAUUCCACUAAAAAUGAUAGCUUGAGCAUGCAACUAUGUGAAGAUCCAUCAUCAAACUAUACCAUUCUUAAUUAGUCCUUGCUGCCAAUUAGUGGAACAUGACAGCGUGAACAUGAGACGACUUUAGUGUUGGGAUCUCUGUGCUUCUGCCAGAUCUCAUGGCUAAUGCAAUGGCAUGAUUCUUCAUGUCUACUAAUCAGAUGCUGCAUCACAACUGUACACACACCUUCUGUAUAAAUAGGCGUCACCAGAACGGUAGAUGCAUCAAACUAGAAGCUCUUCUUUCGUCCUCCUCUCAUCAACAAAAUCACAGAGAAAAGUUUCAAGCUCAGAAAUGGCUUUCCACCAAAGAUCGACCAGUUUGCCUUCUAGGCCUCACGUCAGUGAGACCGAAGUCGAGCUAGAGCUACAGAGCCUAGAAGCAAGCAUCUCUUCCUCCAAUUCCAUCAGCACGAUGUGCGAUGGUCUCAGGACUCUUGCAAACAUCUAUGAUGGUCUUGAAGAAAUCAUAUGCCUACCAAGCAACCAAGUUUUCUCCUCCCAGAAGAGGAGCAUGUUGGAUGGAGAAAUGGAAGGCUCUCUUGAGCUGCUAGAUCUCUGCUGCGCCAUGCAAGAGAUCUUCGUCGAGAUGAAGGCCAUCAUCCAAGAGCUGCAAGUGGCUCUAAGGAAAGGUGAUGAUGCAGCUACUCAAGCCAAGAUCCAAUCUUACACCUGCUUGGUGAAGAAGUCCAAGAAUCUUUUCAAGAAGACCGCGAAGAAGGCUCCUGCAGAUUGUAGCAUGGUCAUGCUGUUGGCCAAGGCUAGAGAGAUCUCGGUGUCUCUCCUGGAGUCCACACUCCGUCUCUUGUCGAAGCAAAUCAAAAUGCCUAAACAGUCUCUUGUUUUCAAGGCAUUUCAGAAAAAGAAAGCAGUGGUUUGCAUGGAGGUGCAAUUGUCAGGGCUAGAGUGCAGUAUCGGCGAUCUCGAGAGCGGAGCAGGACAUCUGUUCAGGAAAUUAGUCCAGAGCAGAGUUUCUCUACUCAACAUCCUUAGCUCAUAGAUACUCCUGAGUUACUGUUGACGCCCUUCGAUUGGCAUCCGCCUUUUAAGGAAUAACUGAUCAUCAUACAAUUUUUCCCAUAUGCAUACACUAUACUGUAUAAAUGUACAUGAUACUACAGAAAGAGACACCAAAGUUUUGAUCAAUUUGGCCAUUUCUUCCUUGAAGAUGUGUUUGUGAUGCUUUAUGUUGAUAUCCUUGGCUGGUGGAUCUUGCUCCUUGUGCAUGAAACAUGCCAGCUCAAAGUCACAAGGUCCCAACUUGUAGUUAGCAGAAUCAUUCAAUUUUAUUACCCAGAUUGUCCACCACCACCACAUGGCUGUGCAGUCUGGCACUACAAUUGAAUACUCAAAUAUUAACAUCGUUAGGAUCUAUAUUCAUUGAAGGACUGAAAGUGAAAAAGUAACGAAAACAUUUACUCUAGAACACAACUGACUUCUACAGAUAUUUCAUGGAAGAUGAAUAUUCGAUUGACCAUGAUAGAUUUCGGACAUACCAUAUCUUAAUGUUAACACAUUAAUAGCAAUAGAAUCUCACCUGUAAAAGGGAAACAUUUUGCCUCAUCAAGGCAUGGGGCAUAGACAUUGGUAAUAUACUUCUGUUUCUCCCCCCCCCCCGGUUACAUCGUAUACUAAUACCACUAAAAUCCAUUAGAACCGUAUACACUAAAAAAAAAUCUCAUGUAGCUAAGAAUUUGUGAGAAAAUUUACCAACAUAUUUGCCUC